UUAGGUCAUUUGCCCUUGCAAACCUCACAUGAACAUGGGCAUGUCCCCUGAGCCAUGCAACUCCAUCUCAGACUGUUCCCAGCAGCAGAGCCAUCAUCUGACUCUGACACAGCAACAAGAUUCAACGAUUAUUUGUACUAAUCAAGAACUUGAUUAUUACUACCGAUUCUACGACGUGGACGAAGCGGCGUUUGAUGGCAACGAGGUAGAGCUCGUCUCCAGGUUCUCCAAGGUCACCAGGAUGGACCACAUGAUCAGCUCGCCGUAUCAGCCGACGUGGUCGCCGGCACAGGCCGCCGUCGACGUCGUCGGGUCGUCGGAGACGUCGCGCGUCAGGAAGAAGAGGUUCUGGGACGUUCUUGAGAGUUGCAAGCAGAAGGUCGAGGCCAUGGAGGCUAUGGACACACCGGCGACGGCGACGUUCCGGGUCGGUGCCGGUGAUGGCGGCGGCGGCGGCGGGGGUGGCGCAGGAGGAGGAGGAGGAGGAGCUGACGGGAUGCGUCUCGUGCAGCUGCUGGUCGCCUGCGCCGAGGCGGUGGCGUGCCGCGACCGCGCGCAGGCGGCGGCGCUGCUGCGCGAGCUGCAGGCCGGCGCGCCCGUGCACGGCACGGCGUUCCAGCGCGUCGCGUCGUGCUUCGUGCAGGGGCUCGCGGACCGGCUGCCGCUGGCGCACCCGCCGGCGCUGGGGCCAGCGAGCAUGGCGUUCUGCAUCCCGCCGUCGUCGUGCGCGGGGCGCGACGGCGCGCGCGGCGAGGCGCUCGCGCUGGCCUACGAGCUGUGCCCGUACCUGCGGUUCGCGCACUUCGUGGCGAACGCGUGCAUGCUGGAAGCCUUCGAGGGAGAGAGCAACGUCCACGUGGUCGAUCUCGGCAUGACGCUGGGCCUCGACCGUGGCCACCAGUGGCGCGGCCUCCUCGACGGCCUCGCCGCCCGCGCCAGCGGCAAGCCGGCGCGCGUGCGGGUCACCGGCGUCGGCGCGCGCAUGGACACCAUGAGAGCGAUCGGGCGGGAGCUCGAGGCGUACGCGGAGGGGUUAGGGAUGUACCUCGAGUUCAGAGGCAUCAACCGUGGCCUCGAGAGCCUCCACAUCGACGACCUCGGCGUCGACGCCGACGAGGCCGUCGCCAUCAACAGUGUCCUGGAGCUCCACUCCGUGGUGAAGGAGAGCCGCGGGGCGCUCAACUCGGUGCUCCAGACCAUCCGCAAGCUGUCGCCCAGGGCGUUCGUGCUCGUCGAGCAGGACGCCGGCCACAACGGGCCAUUCUUCCUCGGCCGGUUCAUGGAGGCGCUGCACUACUACGCCGCGCUGUUCGACGCGCUCGACGCGGCGCUCCCGCGCUACGACGCGCGGCGGGCGCGCGUCGAGCAGUUCCACUUCGGCGCGGAGAUCCGCAACGUGGUCGGGUGCGAGGGCGCGGCGCGCGUGGAGCGGCACGAGCGCGCCGACCAGUGGCGCCGCCGCAUGAGCCGCGCGGGGUUCCAGUCGGUGCCGAUCAAGAUGGCGGCCAAGGCGCGGGAGUGGCUGGACGAGAACGCCGGCGGCGGCGGGUACACGGUGGCGGAGGAGAAAGGCUGCCUCGUGCUCGGCUGGAAGGGGAAGCCGGUCAUCGCCGCCUCGUGCUGGAAAUGCUAGAACGCCGGCAUCCGGUGGCCGGUGGCCGGCCGGCCGCCGGAGAGAGGUAGACACCGAUGCUGGACGUAAAUAAAGAGCUCUCGAUCGAGCACCAUUGUCCGUUCAUGGAUGAUGGGCAAACACGAUGCUGUUCAAGCCGUUGUGUGAGCAUGAACACUUGUAUAAAUAAGCCCACUGAUUAGAGGCUUGUUGUUUUACAAUUUUGUGUAGGUUCUUAUUGUUUAAUUAGCUCAUCUAACAGCAUACACUUGUAUCGUGCUCCUUUUCUGCCAAAGUGCAACAUGACAGAGAACAUAUUACACAAACCUAAAUGGCGUACACA